CCACGCCGGCGUUCGCGAAGAUGGGCCUCGGCGUCGACGUGUGCGACAUGAGCCCAGUGCAGUCGUGGCUGUCGGCCUCGGGACUCGCAGCGCCUGCGGAACUGCCCGAGCUGAAGGAGGUGAUGUUUUCGGGCAACGAGGACAUAUGCGGCAAGAGCUUCGUCGGCAACAAGCUCUUUGGUUCCGCUCCGGACGUCUCGUGGGGUGGUCGUCUGGACAGUAUCCCGCUCGCGCAUCACUUGAAGCACACUGUCGUGCUCUUGGACAUCGACGCCGAGGACGGGCCGUAUCUGCACAUGCUCGUCACCGACGCCCGCAAAGGCAACGUGUGGCGCGGCAGCACGAUGGCGAUGAACUACCAGCCGCCACGCGCGACGCGCGAGGCGCACAGGUACGUCUUCCUGCUGCUCCAGCAGCAGCAGGGUCACACGGUGCUACAGCUUCCACGAGGCGAGAGCCGGCACUCGGACCGCGAGGCGUGGUCGCUCGAGCGCUUCCUGGCACACAACGGCGGGCGGCUCACCCUGGCGGCAGCCUCCUGGUUCUCCUACAAAGGCAAAGACAAGACCGAGCUCUAAGAGGGUGAGAUGGGAGGAGCGCGAGCGCGAGCGCUGGCUUGCGUCUCGGGGACGACCAGAGAGCGGCGCGAGUAGCGUGCGCGCACGGCCACGGGGCUGACUGACUUUUCUGUCUGUGAGUUCUGUGAGGUCUAUACCUAGCUCCUAGGGCAAGGCCCC